AUGGAGAGCACAUUAGGAAGUGAUUCACUAGAACCUGAAAAGAGAACUACCAUUGACUCUGAAGGAUUAAACCAUCGUAACCCUGAAAGAUUUGAAAGGGAAAAUAGGUUGUCACCAGACCUUGAGGCUCAAGGUAUUGAAGAAGAGGCCUUGGCAGUCAAUCCAGCUCGUGAACCGUUAUAUAAGUUUACUAUUUUUUUUACUGACGAUGAGAAGAGAGUCUCUAUCUAUGGUGCAGAAUUCUUCGGUACAUACGUCUUCUUAUUAUCUGCUUACUUGAUUGCUAGUGUUGCCAAUCAGCAAGGAGUGGAAGAUGGCUUCUAUGCUCCUCGUGUGUAUAACAUUUCGUUUGGUUUCGGUAUUUCAUUGUUAGUGGUUGCAGCUUGUACUUCGAAUUUUUCCGGUGGUCAUCAUAACCCUGCAGUAGUUUGGGGUUUAUUUUUAAAUGGAAACAUUAGUAUGUUCAGAUUCUUAGUUGAAAGUAUUGUUCAAGUAAUUGCCGGAAUGGCGGCGGCUGGAACUGCAUCUGCCAUGUAUCCCGGGCCUGUAACAUUUGCAAAUGCGAAAGAUGCAUCUGUUAGCGUUACUAGGGGAUUGUUCUUAGAAGCAUUUGGUGUUGCUUUGCUAGUAUUCACUGUUCUUUUUACUGCAAUUGAAGUCAGUCCUUUUGGUGGAAUGGCAUAUUUGCCCAUUGGUUUGUCAUUGUUCUUAGGCCACAUGAUUUGCGUUCCAACUACUGGAGCUGGUUUGAAUCCAGCAAGAUCUUUUGGCCCAGCAGUUGCAGCAAAAGAUUUCCCAGGUUACCAUUGGAUAUAUUGGCUUGGCCCAGUUAUUGGAGGAGCUGUUGCCGUAUUAGCUUACAAAAUAAUUAAGUUCGGUCACCGUGGUACUAUAUUACAGGAAGCUAGGCUGAAGAAUAAUAACUAA